AUGGGAAGUACUCCAGCUGAAUUACCCUGCGACGAUGUCGCCGAUAACAGAUCCGGCGUCGGAGGCGGUAUCUCCGACGUGUACGGUGAGGAUUUAGCCACGUUGGAUCAGCUCGUCACUCCUUGGGUUUCCUCCGUCGCCAGUGGGUACUCGUUGAUGCGUGAUCCGAGAUACAACAAGGGACUUGCAUUUACUGAUAAAGAGAGAGAUGCACAUUACUUAACUGGUCUUCUUCCUCCUGUUGUUAUCAGUCAGGAUGUUCAGGAGAGGAAGCUGAUGCACAAUCUCCGCCAGUACACUGUUCCUCUUCAGCGUUAUGUGGCCCUCAUGGAUCUUCAGGAAAGGAACGAAAGAUUGUUCUAUAAGCUAUUGAUUGAUAACGUGGAGGAGUUGCUUCCAGUUGUGUACACACCAACAGUUGGUGAGGCUUGCCAGAAGUAUGGUAGCAUUUUCAGGAAGCCACAGGGUCUCUACAUCAGCUUGAAAGAGAAGGGCAAGAUUCUUGAAGUGUUGAAGAACUGGCCUCAGAGAGGGAUUCAAGUUAUCGUUGUUACUGAUGGUGAGCGUAUUCUCGGUCUCGGAGACCUUGGUUGCCAGGGAAUGGGAAUUCCAGUGGGGAAACUAUCUCUUUACACAGCUUUGGGAGGAAUCCGUCCAUCAGCUUGCCUUCCAAUCACCAUUGAUGUGGGAACAAACAAUGAGAAGUUGCUGAAUGAUGAGUUUUACAUUGGACUUAAACAGAGAAGGGCAACUGGACAGGAAUAUGCAGAGUUUCUACACGAGUUCAUGUGCGCUGUUAAGCAGAACUAUGGAGAGAAAGUGUUGGUACAGUUUGAAGAUUUUGCAAACCACAAUGCGUUUGACCUUCUGUCCAAGUACAGCACGACUCAUCUUGUCUUCAAUGACGAUAUCCAGGGCACUGCAUCUGUGGUGCUUGCUGGGCUUAUUGCCGCUCAGAAGGUGCUUGGUAAAAGCCUUGCUGACCAUACUUUCUUGUUCUUGGGUGCCGGAGAGGCUGGAACCGGUAUCGCUGAGCUAAUUGCUCUUAAGAUUUCCAAAGAGACUGGAGCUCCCAUAGAUGAGACCAGAAAGAAAAUUUGGCUCGUGGACUCCAAGGGACUGAUUGUUAGCUCACGCAAAGAAAACCUUCAGCACUUCAAGCAGCCAUGGGCGCAUGACCACGAACCUGUCAAGGACCUCAUUGGUGCUGUUAAUGCAAUCAAGCCAACAGUUCUCAUUGGAACCUCUGGUGUGGGUCAGACUUUCACAAAGGAAGUUGUCGAGGCCAUGGCUACCAACAACGAGAAACCUUUGAUUCUUGCUCUCUCAAACCCUACUUCUCAAGCUGAGUGUACUGCAGAACAAGCUUACACAUGGACCAAGGGUCGUGCAAUCUUUGGUAGUGGAAGCCCGUUUGAUCCUGUUGAGUACGAUGGCAAAACUUACUUGCCUGGACAGGCAAACAACUGCUACAUUUUCCCUGGUCUUGGUCUUGGUUUGAUUAUGUCCGGUGCUAUUCGUGUCCGUGAUGACAUGCUCCUCGCUGCUUCUGAAGCAUUGGCCGCUCAAGUUUCAGAAGAGAACUUCGCAAACGGUCUGAUCUACCCUCCAUUCGCAAACAUCAGACAGAUCUCCGCUAACAUUGCAGCCAGUGUCGCCGCCACAACCUAUGACCUCGGAUUGGCGUCGAAUCUCCCACGUGCAAAGGAUCUGGUGAAGUUUGCAGAGAGCUGCAUGUACAGCCCUGUCUACAGAAACUACCGUUAA